UGCACAAAAAAGAAAAAGGCAAGGCACUCCAAUGAGUGAAGAUGGUCUCAAAGAGAAUUCUUUAACAAUCAUUAAAAAAAUGAUGGAACUGAGUGAAAAGACUCAGGAAGAUACUUCAAUGUUGGUGGAUGAGAUUCUUCACAGCAUCUUCUUUUUGGAAGUGAUCAAUGAUACAAAGUUUUCCCCAAACAAUAUUGUGAGGGAUGAAAAGAUGUUGAAUGAAUUGAAAACUCGCUUCCCAAACCCUUUUGACCACUAUUCCUCUCGUCUACCCAAGCGAAGUCCAAUUUCAUGUGUGUUAGACAUGAUUGUCCGCCUGAUUGGACAAGAGAAUGAAAACCAAAUAAUAAAAAUGCUCCAAGAUGUCAUCAGGCCAAAGUCCGGGGAUAAUAACAGCAAAAAAAAGCGUUUCACCUCGUCCACCAUCUGUGUCUCUCAGAAGACCGAGGGCCCAGAUUCAGCCCGAUACUAUGGAGUCUCCAUGUCCACUUCUGGCCGUCAUCCCGGGAGGAUCAUGGUGGCUGCCUCCUGUUUAAGCGCCUGGGACAGUCAUGUAGCUGAUGCAGUCAUGACCUACUGUCCAGGCACGACCAAGAAAUCAUACUUUGAUGGAACAAUCCAGCUUCCAGAGAGUGUCAGGUGCCAGGCGUUUAGCCUCAGCACAGGAGAUGAAAUGCCUCCAUGCAGAUCAUGUGGGAAUUUAUUUGGUUUGUACAAAAAUACAGAAGACGAGGGGUGGGCCUAUGGCAACUGUGCUGAAGUUGAGAGCCUGAGUAACUUGCUCAAAAAUGAGAAUGAAGUUAAAAAGCAAGUACAACCAACAUCUCAGAUGUGUAAAGAUGAGAACAGACAGAAGGCUAAAAAAGAAACGAAGGAUCAUCUUCUGGAUUUACUGCAGAAAGUGAAAUUUAAAACGGGUUUAGAGUUCUACACACCACAGAGAGGGUUACCUCUUAGAAAUGGGGGAAAUGUUUAAUAGAUAAAAGUGAUAUAAUUGGAUAUUGGUGAUAAAUGUGUUUUCUUGUAGUAUUUUGGGGAAAGCCAGUUUAGUUGGGCAUUUUCUUUAAGCAACUUGUGAGAAGGUAAUUUUGUCUUAAAGUUGGACACUGGACUGUAUGUAACCUGACAAAUUAUAAAAUAUGGAGUUUUUGUUUAUUUCUCUGAAUGGUCCUAAAGGAGUUUUUUUAAAUUGAAAACAACUGGACUAGGUUAUUUGUCUGGGAAGACGUUUCACCUCUCAUCCAAGAGGCUUCAUCAAUGAUCGAUGAAGCCUCUUGGAUGAGAGGUGAAACGUCGUUGUUGUUUUCGAUUUAAAAAAACUCCUUUAGGAUACUAUGACCUGGACAAAUGAGAAUAUACAGAGGCUUCUCUGAAUGGUAAUAUUCUCAUUUGUAUAUUGUAACUCUGGGUUACUAUUUCUGUUGUUGUGUAACCUUACGUUUAUGUCAAACAAUACCUAUUUAUAUAUUUUUCAAUCAAAAUAAAUCUUGUGA